GAUUUAAUUUGGUCAUUUAUUCAAACUAACCAGUUGAAGAAAUCUUAUACAUUCAAACAAAAGUUGAUAAGAAAUGGAUCUAACUAUUCAACAUUUAACAUUCUUUAUUAUUCAAAGUUUAAUUAUUUUAUUUAUUAUUAUUAUCACAUCAUGUGAUUCAUUGGUGUACAAAGAAAAAUUCACAAAUCUUCCAUUUGGUCGAUGUCAUUUAAAACAUUUCAAUAAAUUAGAUUCAAUAAAUUGUCCAAAUAAAUCAUGUAGUCAACAUAUUGAUUGUUGGGUUAGUUAUGGUCCAUCACAAAGAUGUGUUUGUGAUCCAAUCAAAUGUGGAUCAGUAUGCUUACAAGAAAAUGCUAAAUGUCCAGACCCUGCACCAUUAUUAAAUGGAAAUGUUGUAUUCAAUGAUACAGAUGUCGGAGAUAUUGUGGAAUACACAUGUAAACCAGGUUUAACUGUUCGAGGACAGCGUAAACGACAUUGUUUAGCAACGUUAAGUUGGAGUGGUGAGGCACCAACAUGCAGUAAUCAGACUGAAACUUGUUUUAGUCCACCGGCUAUCUUAAAUACACGAAUAAUUCAAUCAAAUCAAAAUGUCCCAGAGAAGAUUCGUGAUGACUUUCGAUCAGGUGAAAAAGUGAGAAUUGAAUGUAUUCCUGGAUAUAUGGAUUCAGAGAGACAAUUUAUAGAAGCAUUAUGUGUUGGAACGGAAUGGUACUAUUCAGAAUUGAAAUGUGAGAGAGUGUCAUGUGGUUUUAUAAAAGAACCAGCUUACGGAUAUAUUCAAUACAAAUAUGAUCAAAGUUUUCAAGCAGAAGCAAUUAUCUUAUGUUCAGAAGGUUAUAAUGUACAUUGCGAUACUGGUUUGUUGUCAGUGGAGAAUGGCUUAGGUUGUAAACGUAUUUGCUUAGAAAAUGGAUCGUGGUCAGGAGAAGAGGUAAUGUGUAAAGCCAUUACCUGUACAGAACCACAAGCAAUUUUAAAUGGUAAUAGUGUGAUUAGUUCACUUAAAGUGAAUGGAACACAUAUAUCUAAAUGUGAUGAAGGUUAUGAACUUCAUGGAUCACAGCAAAGAAUUUGUCAAACAAACGGAAAAUGGAGUGGAUCAGAACCUUAUUGUAAAAAAAAAGAUUGUGGACCACCACCUCAAAUUCAAAACGGUGAACUAUCAUUUAUAACCACAACGUAUGGAAGUAAAGGAAAAGUAAUAUGUGAAGCAGAUACAACGUUAUCAGCUGAAAGUGAUGAAGUUAUUUGUAGUGUAAAUGACACCAAGGCUAUAUGGAAACCGCAACCAUUUCCACAGUGUUAUAGACAUUGCUAUCUAUUUACUGUAGAACAUGGAGAUGUCUACUUAAUAAAUAGUAAAAAUUAUGGUGAUAAACAGAUCAUACCAAUCACUACUGAAGAAUUUGGCAUAGAAGGGAAUACACAAAUACACUUGACAAAUGCUAUCUCUAAUCAAAUUAUUUUACCUGGUGGACGAGUUAGACAUGGAUCAGAAUUGAAUGUAACAUGUCACAUAGGUUAUGCAUUGAUUAAACCAAAUCACCCAAUUACUAUUUGUCAAAAUGGAGUUUGGAGUGUUCGAAGUAAAUGUACUCCUGGUAUGUAAAGACAAUUUUAACCUACUUUUUUUGUGUCAUGUGAACAGAAUUAAAUACAAGUAUUGCAUGCGUAUUUCAAAAUACGUUUACUAAUUAGACAGUAUGUUUUAUAAAAUCGUUCACUGUUAACUACUGACAUUAAUCUCUUAUUAAUUGAAAUACAUCAAUAUACCCUAUAAUCUUUCUUUCAUUUACAUAAAUCAACGAUUUUUAUUCAAAAGAUAAUGGGUGAGACUAUAAUUUAUGGAUGCCCUUGGACGACGCUGAAGUGACUUUGAGAGUGGACAUCUACUGAGUAGGACUAAAUGAGCGUUAUAAAGCAGUUAGAAUUCUCAAUUACAGUUGAUAGUUAAGGUUAGGAGUUAGAUUUAGGGUUUUCAUCACGAACUGACAUCAGCUAUGAUGCCAAAACAUUAUUUAGCCAAAUAGAUGAAUAAAUUUCGCGCCGAAAUCUGGGACCUGUUAUCGUAAAUCUAAUUGAUUCGUUCAUUAAUUAUACUCUCGCCAGAUAAUGUUUUCUACUUACAGUGAAAAAAAAAACAUAAAAAAGGUUGUAACAAAACUGUACCACAUAUAAACUGUUUUCAUAAAUAAAUCUUUGCUGCUUUCUGAAAAUGGUUACAUCAAUUCAGUUCUUUAAUAAUACACAGAGUUCAACUAAGACUGGUCAAUACUUCAGUCCAGAAUGUUAACAAUAAGAUGAUACAAAUUAUUCCGAAUAGCGAUAUAACUUUGAGUUUUCUUAACUGUAACCUUUAUUGACUUAGUUUGGAUCAUGUAUAUAGGUAUUAUAGUUUAAACAAUAUUUAUGUUCAUUUACUAUCUUUUAUCAAAGCUCCGUGCAGAAGACAACCACCAAGUUAUCCUGGUGCCAGGGUGAGAUUUUAUAGUCUGAAACACAACUCCUUAGCAAGAUAUGAACCAUUUCCUGGCUACGUGAUGACUGAUAGUCCUAAGAAUCUGCAUCAAAUAGACAAAGUGAAUACAUAUGAAGAUCCUAAAGGAACUUUACGUUGCUUAUAUGGUGAAUGGGUUGGAGCUCCCUUGAAAUUUGAACCAAUGCAUUGUCCGCUUAUAGACAUAAUUGCACCAUUAAAAGCAAAUGUUUCAAUUGAUGGAAUGUUAUUUGAUUUUCAUGGAUCAAAAAUAAUCCUAAAACAAGAAACAAUUAUAAUAUUCUCAUGUCCUAAAGAAUAUUAUCUAGAUGGUCCUAAAUACAUAGUAUGUCACCUGGGUCAUUGGUUACCGAAACCAAGCUCGUCAUGCAAAAAGAUCCCCCCGAUGUCAAGUAUACAACAAUGGCUGUUCAAUUCAGGAUAACAAUUAUGGAUAUUUGAAUAAAAUUCUUAUGUAUUUACAUUGAAUUUUAUUGUUUUAUUUAUAUUUACCUCAAAAAAUAGUAUGUGAUUAUCUUCAUUG